GUCUGUCAUGCCUCGGGAGCAGAGGCUGCAAAUGCAGGUGUCUGCAGGGGCCAGGCGGGUGACACCAGCAGGGACUCGUGGUCAACUCGGACCGAACUCGGGCCGAACUCGGGCCUGUCUUACUGAGCCGGACAGAACCUGCUGGCUCUUCAGCCCUUUCCUGUGGGCCCACUGCCUCGUCCUCUGGCGGUUCACUUCAACCCAGGACCCACCUUCCAGAUGAGAGGAAGAUCCCGGGCAACUCUCCUGGGCAGAGACUCCCUCUUCCUGUGGUCCCAACGUACUGUGGUCCAGGUUCAAGUGCACGUCCCCCUGGAGGGUCCCAGUGGCCUUGUCCAGUCCAUAGGCCUAUGCCUACAUCCUCUCUGCCUCUGCUGAGCCAUGACCAUGGGGCACGGAUCCCUGGGCUUACUGUGACCUCAUUUAUAUGAAAUGUCCAGAAUAGACAAAUCCACAGAAAGAGUGUGGUCGUGGGGUCUAUUAAUCCACCCAGGCUGCCGAACAAAGUACCACAGACCAGGGGACUUAGACAAUGCAAGUGUGUCUUCUCUCAGCUCUGGAGGCCGGAAGGCAGAGAGCAGUGUUGAGAGGGCUGGUCCCCCUCUGAGGCCUCUCCUUCUCCUUGGCUGGUAGACGGCCUCCUUCCCCCGUGUCUGCACACGGGCUCCCCUCUGUGUCUGUGUCCUAAUCGCUUCUCACGACACUGGUCACACUGGACUAGGGCCCACUCUACUGGCCUCACUUUGCCUCUUUAAAGACGGUGUUUCCGAAUCGGUCACGUUCUGAAGUGCUGGGGCCAGGACUUCAGCGUGAGAAGGGAGGUUAAGGGGGCACACAGUCCAGCCCUUGACACAGGAGGACUGGGGAGUGACUGCUGGUGAACACGGAGCCUCUGUUUGGGGCGAUGAAAAUGUUCUCGAAUGAGUGAUAAUCAAUGGUGAAAACCGCUGCCGUACUCUGAAGGGGUGCGCUUUGCCCUGGUAAGAGGAGCCUGGUUUGCAGAGGGAGGAGAACAUGGGGUGCAACCAGCUGGCAGGCUGGCAGGGGUCCCGUUACCGGGGGCCUCCCAAACCCCAGCAGCCCCCCGCAUGUCUGCCCCCCACGGAAGACUUUGCCCUUCUCCACAAUGUCCAGCAUGAGAGCCAACACUGCAGACCCUUCUGACUGGGAUCGGAAUGGGGACAGUUUGUUUAUUUACUUGUUUAUUCAUCAGUCUUCACUUGAGGACAUGCUUAUUGAUUUACUGGUUUUAGAGAAAGAGCAGGGGGAGGGACAGGGACAGAAACAUCUACACAAGAAAGCAACAUCGAUCGGUUGCCUCUGGAAUGCGUUCCGACUGGAAUCGAACCCGCAGCCCAGGCAUGUGCCCUGACUGGGACUUGAACCCAUGACCUUUCGGUUUACAGAUGAUGCUCCAACCGACUGAGCCACACUGGCCAGGGCAGGACACUUUUUAAACCUCCGAGGGCCAACUUCCUUCCCUGGCGGGCACUUAGCCGUGUAACAGACGCAGCUCAGGGUGACCUCUUGGUUAUCGAUACACAGGGCGUCUCCCGUGUGCCAGGCACUGUUCUAAGUCCUGGUCAAGCAGUGUGUCACUUGGCUCUUCAAACAAUCUGGUGAGAUCGGUACCAUUUUAAAGCCACGCUGCCCACACAGCCAAUAAACGGCAGAGUCAGAACUCGGACCCUGGCAGCCUGGCUCCGGGGCCUGUGCUGUGACCCACGACUGCGCUGCUUUGUAACAGCCCUACGAGUUGGAGCGUAUCAGUCUGUUGUCCUCAUUGUACAGAUGAGGACACUGACGCCCAGCAAGGUCCGUGACUCGGCGUGGGUCACACCGUGAGUCAGGGUGGUGGGAACGGUGUGGGCAAGUGCAUGUGGGUAAGUGGCCUUGGUGCCUGGGAAACCACAGGGACAAAGUCUGGGGGCAGGUGGGUCUGGCGGGGAGGCUGUGAUUGGGGAGAGGCAGGGCUCAGGGCCGGGCCCCUGCCUCUCGCCGCCUGGGUGCCCAGGCUCAGCCCUGCUCCCCCCAGCUCUCAACCCACCCCUGGAGGCGGCUCUUUGGCAAGGCUGCGGGACAGCCGGCCCUGCCAGGGGGGUCAGGGACAGUGUCAUGAGUGCCAAAGAGACAUCCAAGGGGUUGCCCGGGGGCAGAGCGCCAGUGUCCCUGGGAAGCCACCUCCCAGCUUGGGGCGGAGUGCGGCAGAAACCCUCGUGACCUUGUGGCUGACAUUCUUUAGUGGCCACGUGGCCCCAACUGGCAGGGACAGCUGCAGACAGGGGCCGGACCAGCUUUGUUCCCAGGGUGGCCCUCCAUCGGGCCCUACUCAACUGGUGCUGCUUUCCUUCCCUGGGCUCAGUGGACAGCUGGCACUGUGGGUCCCCCGCCAUGAGAGUCUAGAGGCAGCGAGCCACCAGGGUCUGUCCGUGUGGGGCUCUGGGAGGAUGGGACAGGACCAGACGAAGCAGCAGAUCGAGAAGGGGCUCCAGCUGUACCAGUCUAACCAGACAGAGAAGGCGCUGCAGGUGUGGAUGAAGGUGCUGGAGAAGAGCUCGGACCUCGUGGGGCGCUUCCGAGUGCUCGGCUGCCUGGUCACUGCCCAUUCGGAGAUGGGCCGCUACAAGGAGAUGCUGAAGUUUGCCGUGGUGCAGAUCGACACCGCUCGGGAGCUGGAGGAUGCCAACUUCCUCCUGGAGAGCUACCUGAACCUGGCGCGCAGCAACGAGAAGCUGUGUGAGUUUCACAAGACCAUCUCCUACUGCAAGACCUGCCUCGGCCUGCCUGGCACCAGGGCAGGCGCCCAGCUCGGAGGCCAGGUCAGCCUGAGCAUGGGCAACGCCUUCCUGGGCCUCAGCCUCUUCCAGAAGGCCCUGGAGAGCUUCGAGAAGGCCCUGCGCUAUGCCCACAACAACGAUGAUGCCAUGCUUGAGUGCCGCGUCUGCUGCAGCCUGGGCAGCUUCUACGCCCAGGUCAAGGACUACGAGAAAGCCCUGUUCUUCCCCUGCAAGGCCGCAGAGCUCGUCAAUGACUAUGGCAAAGGCUGGAGCCUCAAGUACCGGGCCAUGAGCCAGUACCACAUGGCUGUGGCAUAUCGCCUACUGGGUCACCUGGGCAGUGCCAUGGACUGUUGUGAGGAGUCUAUGAAGAUUGCGCUGCAGCAUGGUGACCGGCCACUACAGGCUCUCUGCCUGCUCUGCUUUGCUGACAUCCACCGGAGCCGUGGGGACCUGGAGACAGCCUUCCCCAGGUACGACUCCGCCAUGAGCAUCAUGACCGAGAUCGGAAACCGCCUGGGCCAGGUGCAGGUGCUGCUGGGUGUGGCCAAGUGCUGGGUGGCCAGGAAGGCGCUGGACAAGGCUCUGGAUGUCACUGAGAGAGCCCAGGACCUGGCCGAGGAGGUGGGGAACAAGCUGAGCCAGCUGAAGCUGCACUGUCUGAGUGAGAGCAUCUACCGCAGCAAGGGGCUGCAGCGGGAGCUGCGUGCCCACGUGGUGCGCUUCCACGAGUGUGUGGAGGAGACUGAGCUCUACUGCGGCCUGUGCGGGGAGUCCAUCGGCGAGAGGAACAACCGGCUGCAGGCCCUGCCCUGCUCCCACAUCUUCCACCUCCGGUGCCUGCAGAACAACGGGACACGGAGCUGCCCCAACUGUCGCCGCUCAUCCAUGAAGCCUGGCUUUGUGUGACUCUGUCAGCAGCCGUGGGCUCCUGCCUCAGCUGCCCUGCUCCUGCUCCACCAUCGCACUGCCCCCCCCCCCCGACUGGCCACGUCUAGGACGCCCCCUUACUCCCGGGAAAGCCACCAGGGCCUCCUCGGGCCUCCGCCAGGGCCCGGGGCCUGCCCACUGCUGCUCCUCAAGGCCUUGCGCUCCUCCCACCUCUUUUGCUCUUUAUAGAAAAAUAAACAAUUUGU